AUUUCGCGUUAAGGUCCACCUAUAACCGGUCGGCUACAAUGUCAGAUUGAAAGUUUAAUAUCUAUCGGUUAGACGAUAUAUAGCAGUUAUUUGCUCCGCGACCGGUGCAGAGGUGAAUCCACCGUACACAGACGAGUUAAAAUAAACAAUCAUGAUUUUAAGGGAGAUCUUCGGUAUUGUUUUGUGUAUUGUGUUCUGUUUUUGCGGCUUAGGCAAUGCGAAACUGGCGCCGGACUUCAUACAUCCCUGCAACGCAACCACAAGAGAAUGUUUGGUGAAAUCAACACAAGAUGCGAUCCCUGAAUUUGUGAAGGGCAUUCCACAUCUCGGCGUUCCAUCUUUAGACCCCUUUGUUAUCGAGAAACUUUCGAUACCUCUAAACGGUCUCAAAGUGACGUUCUAUCAAGGAAAAGUUACGGGCUUCAGGAAGUGCAUCGUUGACAAUGUUAUAUCAGAAUUGGAGAAAAGACAUUUCGUAUUGGAGUUCCACUGUAACUUAACCAUCAAAGGACAAUAUGAUGCCGUCGGAAAAAUCUUACUUUUCCCAAUCAACGGAGAAGGUGACGCUAAAGUAAAAUUAGUAAACCUCAGAAUGAAAGUUGACAUCAACACAAAGUAUAUCAAAGAUGAACAAGGAGUCAAUCACUUCGCCCUUAAAAACUACAAAUACUCAUUUGACUACGGAGAUCGUGUCAUGUUCGACCUAAAAAAUCUCUUUAAAGAAAGUCAAGAAUUAAGUGAAACAGUUUUAAAGUUCUUAAAUGAAAAUUGGAAGACGGUAGCAGAAGAAUUCGGGAAGCCUAUAGUUGAUUAUUCUGUUGAUUUAGCGAUACGUACGAUUGAAAAGUUCUUCCUAGUUGUUCCGUACGAAGAACUCAUAAACGUGCCUUUACCAAAAUAAUUUAAGACACCUUAUUUUGUUAUAAUAUAUAGUCUAUGAGAAAUAUUUAUAUAAUUUAGAACUAAAAUAUAAGUUUAGUCUACUUGGUUUUGUAA